GCACCGUCGCUCCUUCCGCCUUCCCGGCAGGCCCCGCGCGGCGUCUGCGCGCUGAGUGACCUUUCCGAGUCUGCGGUUCUGAGUUGGGGCUUCCUGAGCCUCUGGUCCUUGGCAGAGAUGCUUCAGAGUCUUAUUAAGAAAGUUUGGAUCCCCAUGAAACCCUACUAUACCCAAGUUUACCAGGAGAUUUGGGUAGGAACGGGGUUGAUGGCCUAUAUCGUUUAUAAAAUCAGGAGUGCUGAUAAAAGAAGUAAAGCCUUGAAAGCUUCCAGCCCCGCGCCGGCUCACGGUCAUCACUAACCAGCUUUCCGCGGACGGGACAUCAGCCUGGCUGUGCUCUGGGAACGUGGGACCCCGUGUUGACGUGUUGCAGCGCCGCUGUCCUCGGGCAUGAAUAAACGUACCUGUGAGAUCCA